UUCCACCUUCUCUUCAAAUCUUCAACCUCCCCACCAAUAAUCACCUUGGUUUUUCAACCAUGCUUUCUUUCAGCCCUUCAUUAUUUCCUCUAAUCUACUUACCACCUCCAUUACUCUCUGUCCCUUUCUAUCCUAUCACCUCGUUUUGCUCCUAUGGAAAGGUUCAAAUUCUUAAGGUUUUUCAGUUUCAGAACCCAGCUUGACUUCCUCCCUUCUUCCAACCCUGUUCGUGAGAAUCUCAUCAAUGGGGCUAACACUGAUACCAAUGGUGAACAUCGGGAUGGGUUCUUUUCGAAUUUGGUUUACGGAUUUCUCCGGCGUUUUAAGUCUGGAAAGAAGAUUGAUGGCGGUUCAAAGACAGAAGAAGAAGAGAAGGUUUAUUCUUGGUUAUAUGCUUUGGCCAGAUCAGAAAUAUACAUGGCUUUUGAAUAUGUUCGAUCCACAGAAAGAGGCUUGAGCUUUACUGAAGCUGAGAAGAGAUUGAAGGAAAAUGGGCCAAACACUCCCCUUGAAUACACAUUUCCAAGCUCGUGGCAUCUUCUGUGGAGCGCCUUCUUUCAUCCUUUCAAUAUCAUUCUGAUUGUGUUGUCAGCACUCUCAUACAUAACCAGUGAUAAUCCAAAUGGAUGCAUCAUGCUUAUACUGGUUUUCAUUAGCGUCUCCCUUCGAUUCUAUCAGGAAUAUGGCAGUUCAAAAGCAGCCAUGCAACUUUCAGAAUAUGUAAGAUCUCCGGUUAAAGUUCAAAGAUGUGCAGGGAGGGUGGUUCAGACAGAAUUAAUCGUUCAAGUUGAUCAAAGGGAUGUUGUUCCAGGAGACAUUGUCAUUUUCGAGCCUGGGGACCUUUUCCCUGGUGAUGUGAGACUAUUAACUUCGAAACACCUUGUUGUAAGUCAGUCCUCAUUAACAGGAGAGUCAUGGCCAACUGAAAAAACUGCAGAUGCGAGAGAAGAUAGAAGCACUCCGUUGCUAGAAUUAAAGAAUAUUUGUUUCAUGGGGACAAAUGUGGUAUCAGGUACUGGAACUGGUUUAGUUGUCUCCACUGGAUCCAAGACCUACAUAAGUGCCGUGUUUUCAACUAUUGGAAAGCACAAACCAGCAGAUAGUUUUGAGAAGGGUAUCCGGCAUAUAUCGUACGUGCUUGUUGGUGUAAUGCUUCUAGUAGUCACAAUCAUGAUACUGGUAGAGUACUUUACCUUCUAUGAUUUGAGUGAGAGUACCCUUUUUGGGAUCUCGGUUGCAUGUGCCCUAACUCCUCAAAUGCUUCCCCUCAUCAUCAACACAAGUCUUGCAAAGGGCGCACUUGCUAUGGCUAGGGAGAGAUGUAUAGUGAAAAGCUUAUCUGCCAUUAGAGACAUGGGAUCCAUGGAUAUUCUAUGUAUUGAUAAAACUGGGACGCUCACCAUGAACCGUGCAAUCAUGGUUAAUCAUCUGGAUAGCUGGGGUGCUCCAAGAGAAAAGGUCUUACAUUUUGCCUUCCUGAAUUCUUACUUCAAGAGUGAUCAGAAAUAUCCACUAGAUGAUGCAAUUCUGGCAUUUGUGUACACAAACGGAUACCGAUUCCAACCAUCCAAAUGGAGAAAGACUGAUGAAAUCCCUUUUGAUUUCAUGAGAAGAAGAGUAUCGGUUAUUCUGGAAACAGAAUCUAAUCCAGAAGGCAGAAAUAUCCAACCCUUUUACAGAUUCAUAAUAACCAAAGGAGCACUUGAAGAUGUGCUCAAAGUUUGUUCUUAUGUGGAGAAUGUAGAUAUGGGUGAGAUAACAGCUGUCUCUGCAGAACACCAUCAUAGGAUCCUAAAUGUGGUGGAAGAACUUAGAAAUGAGGGAUUAAGGAUUAUAGGAGUUGCAAUAAAGAACCUGCAGCAAACAAAAAUAAGUAAGCAAAACAUGGAAAAUGAAGAUGAUGUUGAAUCAGACAUGGUGUUCCUUGGUGUUAUAGCAUUCUUUGACCCACCAAAGGACUCAGCAAAGGAAGCUCUGUGGCGAUUGGCUGAAAAGGGAGUAAAAGCAAAAGUAUUAACUGGUGAUUCACUUUCUCUAGCAAUAAAAAUUUGCAAGGAAGUUGGCAUCAGAACCACACAUGUAACUACUGGACCAGAGCUGGAGCAACUGAACCAGGAAGCCUUUCACGAGAAAGUGAAAAAAGCUACAGUUCUGGCUCGGCUCACCCCUUCUCAGAAAUUGAGAGUCGUGGAGUCGUUGCAGUCAGUAGGUAAUCAUGUUGUUGGGUUCUUGGGAGAUGGAAUAAAUGACUCACUCGCAUUGGAUGCUGCUAAUGUUGGUAUAUCAGUUGAUUCAGCAGCAUCAGUUGCAAAAGAUUUGGCUGAUAUUAUUUUACUUGAGAAAGACUUAAACGUGCUUGUGGCAGGGGUUGAGCAAGGCCGCCUGACAUUCGGCAAUACAAUGAAAUACAUUAAAUUGUCAGUCAUUGCUAAUCUGGGGAGCGUUGUUUCACUCUUCAUUGUAACUCUUGUACUCAGAUUCGAGCCAUUGACCCCAAUUCAACUCCUUGUGCAGAACUUCUUGUAUAGUGUGGGUCAGAUUGCUAUUCCAUGGGACAGGAUGGAAGAAGACUAUGUCAAAAUCCCACAAAAAUGGUCUGUCAAAAGUUUGCCGAUGUUCAUAUUAUGGAAUGGUCCUGUUUGCACUCUCUGUGAUGUGGCCACUCUUUUGUUUGUUUGGUUUUAUUACAGUUCUGGUGGGAAAUUGGAUGAAUCUUUCUUCCGCUCUGCAUAUUUCAUUCAAGGGCUUCUCAUGCAGACUCUGAUUUUCCACUUGAUCCGUACGGAGAAAAUUCCCUUCAUCAUGGAGAUCGCUUCCUGGCCUGUACUUGCUUCAACAGUAGUGAUUUCUGCCAUUGGUAUUGCAAUACCCUUCUCAAUAAUCGGAGAUUUCAUGGGAUUCACUGACUUGCCACUCUCAUAUUUCGGCUUUCUGGUGGUGCUUUUCGUAGGGUAUUUUACAGUCGGUCAAAUAGUGAAGAGAAUAUACAUUAUGGUGUACAAAAAAUGGCUUUAGAGUUUAGAUGUUGGGAUGAUACAAUGCUUCCACAAAGAGAAGGCAAAGGAAGAAGAAAUUUUUGUUCAUUGUACAUUAUGCGGUGACAGUACAUAGAUUGCCAUUGUUUUGACAGGAUUGAGUUGACUGUAAUUUGAGGACUUCAGCACCUUAAACUGGUAAACACCAUUGUUUUAAACCAAAAUGAAGAUGGGUUUAGAUUGCUUUAGAACAUUACUGAAUUGGAUAUAAUUGUUCCAUUAAAAUCA